AUGGGCAUAGAACUGAAGCUUUGUCCCCUGCUGAUGGUUUUCAUCCUGCCAGAGUUCGCAGCUGUCCGGAGCUCUCCUGUUCCAGAUUUGCCUUUUCAGCUGCUCGCUGGACUGAAAGAAAUAUUAUCUGGCAAAUACCUGAUUGGCCUUCUCGACAUUCUGCAAUCCCAGAGUUCUAACAAUAGCGCGUGGACCCCAGACUUAAUUGAGAAAGUUGGGAUGUAUUUAGCAUCUCAAAAUGUAUUUUCUAUUAGCGGUUUGCAGACAUCUGCGAGCCAAUACCUGGAGAAUAUUUCUGAAGAUCCCAAGUUUCUCCGGUCAGAAUUACAAAAACUUGACUCUGAGCAGUUUCAGCUAGCAAUGAAAUAUCUCCUUGGUGGUAAAAAGGAGCACUUUGAUGUGGCGGAUAUGGUCCUGGAUUUUGAGACACUACGAGACAAAGUUUUUCAGUGCCCUGGGGGAAACCGAACCAUAUUUCUUAUAACCCUGGAGAAGUGUCUUCCAGUCCUGACCUCAGCUGAUUGUGUGGACAUUCUGAGCCAAGUCAUACGGAUGUUCGGAGAGAGCUACCUACAAGCAGAUGUGAUAGCAAGUCUACCGUCUGAGUUACCAGAGGAGCCCUUCAGAAAUCUGUCAUCUGUGUUCAAGGAACUGUAUGACAAGAUCACAGCAAAUGAACGAAGAGCCCUCUAUGAAUGGAUGACUCAAAUCCUCCAAAAUACUCACAUGAGUAACGAUGUCAAUGAAUCCUCAUCAUGGGUCACUGCUGAAAACCUCUGGAUCUUGAGUAGAUACAUGGUCCUCUUACCACUAGAAGAAAUCAGGAAAAUACAUAUUAAUGAGAUACGAAUGUUUAUCAGCUGUGAUAAUGCUACGAAGCAGUUGGACACCGUAUAUGACAUUGCACCAGACCUCGCAAAAGCUUUCCUAGAACGUAUAAACUCCUCAGGAUUUGAUAUGAGAAACAUUUCAACCAUAUACAGGCUUGGGUUGCUUGUUUGCUUCUAUGAUGAUGUUCAACAGCUGGACCCAGCAGUGGCCAGAGCUUUGCUGCAUCAAAUGAUCAAGUGCAACCAGCUGAGGAGCUACCAUGCUGAAGUACAGAAGUUGAAGUCUGAGUUUCUCCAGAUUGCGAUGUUAAACCAGACGCUGAAUGAGAGCCUCGGAUCCCUUUCAGAUGCUAUAGUUGGCCUGACUCUGUCCCAGCUGGAAUCUCUUUCACCCGAGGCUGUGCAGGGGGCUAUCUUGACACUUCAGCAAGUUUCAGGGUGGACCAAGAGUCAGAUCAUGGUAUUGACUGCCAAAUAUCUCCAGUCUGAAAAGGUUUUAACAUUUUCCAAUAUCAGUCAACUGGGGGAACUUGCGUCUGGAAUUAGUGCUCAGUCAUUUUAUGAUAUGAACCCACGGGAGCUCUUAAUGGCUCUGAAAGUUGGACUUAACCAGUAUGGAUCAGGUCUAUCUCCAGCACAGAAGGAAGCCAUCUUAAGCAAGGUGCUGUCUUCUGGACAUUUCUCUUCAGUCGUCUUAGACAUGAAUGGAGAGUUAUUUAAAGAAGUCCCUCUUUCGAAUUUAUUUGAACAACAUGACCUGAAUGUUGCAGUCCUAAAGGACAAAAAGAUGAGGAAGAGUCAGGCCCUGCACUUGUUUGAAAUCAUGUCUCAUAAGUCCCCUCUGGUGGACCUGUUGAGUACAGGGCAUAUGGUGGAAGGUAUUACGUGUGAGCAGAUUGACAAUAUGAGCAAACCCAGUUUCCUAAAUCAUUACAAGCUCUUGGAAAAUAAUCUUCACCUACUUUCUCCGUAUCAGAUACAUUGCCUGGCUUGGAAAUAUUGGAAGAUUUCGCAAGCAACCAUACCGCCAUUCCUACUAGCAGUUCUGCCUUCAGGAUAUUUUGCGUCCCAUCCUCUCCCAUGUGGACCGCUGCUAAAAGGCCUCGGAAAGAUUGAUCUAAAGAAUUUGGGGUUGAAUACCCAGAAGCAGAAUAUGGUGCUUAGCAAAGUCCACCAGUGCCUGAAUAGUUCUAUUUCUGACGUUUACCAGCUAGACGUACUUGGGAACCUCAUCUGCCAUUUGUCGCCAAGCACCAUACGUAGCGGCCUAGCCACAGAUGUGGUCGCAGCUACAAUUCAUCUGUUAAAGAAAUGUACAAGCCUCAGCCUUGAGCAAAAUACAGAAAUUAAACAAAAGAUUCUGGAACAUUAUGGAGACCCGUCGAACUGGACGUCUGGUUUGGUAUCCUUCUGGGGUCUGUUGUCAAAAAACGAGUUCACGGGAGUGUUAAAGAAGUUCAAGGGUACAGUUAUGCAGAUGGUAUCGGAAACAGUAGAAAUUCCUUUGAAUAAAGGGAUUUUAUCAGCGAUAUUCCAUGCGGUUCGUAAUACCUCUGUUCCUCAUCACUCAGCAGACUGUGCAGGGAUCACAUCGCCCACGGCUGAUGAAAUUAUGAUCCUAGCAGAAGCCAACGUCUUUUGGUCCACAGUGGAAUUGCAGUGCAUUGGCAGAGAAGUCUUCACGAGGACUGUGCACAUCCUCGGCUCUAUAAGAAACUUAAAGCGGCCUCAACUCCAUGUACUGAAGGAAAAGGCCAAAGAGGUGUGGGGGGAACCAUCAGAUUGGAAGAGUUACCAUAUGACAUCCCUAGGACGCAUCAUAACAGCUCUGAGCGAAUCUGAAAUAGACCUGCUGGAUUUAAGCUCCAUAGAUGCAGUUUCAGUACUUGGCCAGCAGGGGGAAUGGACGGAAGUUCAGGCAAGGUGCAUUUUUCAAGGGUUUCUUAAUGACUCUACAAAAUCCAUGGAGAAUCUGAAAAGUUUCGAGCUGGCGGGACUUGGGGGCGCGUUGUGUGCAGCUGAUCCACAGCAAAUACACCAGAUCCCGACUACAGAGUUUAGGGCUGUUAUAUCGAGGAUCGGAUCUCUGCCCUGCAGCCUGAACAUUCUGCAAGAAUUUAAACAGAAAGCAGAGAUGAUAUAUGGAGAGCCUGAAACAUGGAACCGAUCUGUUCUCCAUGACAUCGCACAUAUUGCAGCUGGUUUAAACAAAGAGGACUUAAGGUCACUGAAUCCAAGCGUGAUGCCUUAUAUUCAUCCUGAUGCUAUUAAAUACAUCCCCGCCGACAGUUUCAAGGCGCUGUCGCCAGAGCAAAUUGUGAGCCUUGGUCCUGAAAAUGGAGCCAAGGUGACGGAUGCACAGCGUGAGCAGCUCGAUGCCGUGCAGCUGCAGAGCCUCAGUCAGGCACUUGAUGGCGCCAGAGUAAGGAUAAAAGAUUCCGAAACUCACACUUCACCCUUUACAACCAAAGUUACCCCCUCGCCAGUCUCACAGGAUGCUGCACAGACAGUGGAUUUAUUCCAUCUUGGCCGCUUUUGUCUGCUACUUCAUGUUUUAACAACUGCCUUGUUUUUUGCAUAACGUAUGAGAGUAUAUAAUGCAGCCUGGGCACGAGAUCCAUGUGUUAUUAGCCACUGAUAGUGGGGUAAUGUGGACUGAUUACCAGGAGCUGGAACUGAUUAAAUGUGGAU